GUUGCAGUAUACAUUAUAAGUCAAGUGCCCACACGCACGGUUAGGCGGAGCUUCCAACCUGCCAAGUGCCAACUUCCCUAGUUUUCAUCGACACCUCCUCUGUAAUCCCUUCAAACUUCUUCAAAUCUCGACUUCUUCACCCGUUCUCUCUAUAUUUCCUGACCAAAACUCUUUCUCCACCUUUCUCAGAAACGCCUGCUAGUUUGGAUCAAAAUCCUCCAUUAUUAUCGCAUUCUAGAGGCGUUCGUGUUUCCUUCUCUUCUGAAAAUGGAUGCCACGAUGCCUAUGUGCAAAUCUGUCACCUCCCCUCCUGGUUUAUUCGUGGGGAGAAGUGGAGGAAUCAGAAGCUCCCAAUGCAGCUUCAUGGUGGGGAAUAGAGUGAACUUUCCAAGGCAAAGUGCUCAGAGUGUACAAGUUAGUAGUUACAAAGCUAAAAAGCGUGGAGGAGCUCUGUAUGCUACAUGUCGUGCUGACAAAAUCCUGGUGGCAAAUAGAGGAGAGAUUGCUGUUCGGAUCAUUAGAACUGCGCAUGAGAUGGGGAUACCCUGUGUAGCCGUGUACUCAACCAUAGACAAGGAUGCGCUUCAUGUCAAAUUGGCUGAUGAAUCAGUUUGCAUAGGCGAAGCACCGAGCAACCAAUCGUACCUGGUGAUUCCAAAUGUUUUAUCUGCUGCUAUCAGCCGUAAAUGUACAAUGCUGCAUCCUGGGUAUGGCUUCCUUGCUGAGAAUGCAGUAUUCGUUGAAAUGUGCAGAGAACAUGGAAUUAACUUUAUUGGGCCCAAUCCUGACAGUAUCCGUGUUAUGGGUGAUAAGUCAACUGCUAGAGAUACAAUGAAGAAAGCAGGUGUGCCCACUGUACCAGGAAGUGACGGAUUGUUGCAGACCACAGAAGAAGCUAUCAGGCUUUCCCAUGAGAUUGGAUUUCCUGUUAUGAUCAAGGCAACGGCAGGUGGUGGAGGCCGUGGGAUGCGUCUAGCUAAAGAACCAGAUGAGUUUGUGAAGUUACUGCAGCAAGCCAAGAGUGAGGCUGCGGCUGCUUUUGGAAAUGAUGGAGUUUAUCUGGAGAAGUACAUUCAAAAUCCAAGGCACAUUGAAUUCCAGGUUCUUGCGGAUAAAUAUGGUAAUGUCGUCCACUUUGGAGAACGUGAUUGCAGCAUCCAGAGACGGAACCAAAAGCUGCUGGAAGAAGCACCUUCUCCUGCUUUGACCCCUGAGUUGCGGAAAGCUAUGGGUGACGCAGCAGUUGCAGCAGCAGCAUCCAUUGGUUACAUUGGUGUUGGAACAGUCGAGUUCCUUUUGGAUGAAAGAGGUUCCUUCUACUUUAUGGAAAUGAAUACUCGGAUCCAGGUUGAGCAUCCGGUGACAGAGAUGAUUUCCUCUGUGGACUUGAUUGAGGAACAAAUUCGUGUAGCCAUGGGUGAAAAACUCCAGUACAAACAGGAAGAUAUUGUGCUCAGAGGACAUUCAAUUGAAUGCCGAAUCAAUGCAGAAGACGCAUUUAAAGGAUUUCGACCUGGACCAGGGAGAAUAACCGCAUAUCUGCCAUCUGGAGGACCGUUUGUUAGAAUGGAUAGCCAUGUUUAUCCUGACUAUGUGGUUCCUCCUAGCUAUGACUCCCUUCUUGGAAAGCUUAUUGUAUGGGCUCCAACAAGAGAAAAGGCAAUUGAGCGCAUGAAAAGGGCUCUUGAAGACACUAUUAUCACAGGGGUUCCUACGACCAUUGAAUACCAUAAACUUAUCCUUGAUAUAGAGGAUUUUAGGAAUGGCAAAGUUGAUACUGCUUUUAUCCCAAAGCACGAGCAGGAAUUAGCAGAGCCCCAGAAACUGGUGCGAGUGACCCCGAGCAAAGAACUAGCUGGUGCAGCUGCUUAGAUGGAUCUCUUGCUCAGGCAUUGCAAUCGUCCUCAGUUCCUGUCAAGCCAAACUUUACAAAUUCAAAAUGCUCACUAUUUGUUGUGUGGAAGAAGCUGCACGGAGUGCUGUGAUCUCGAUGCUGCAGAUUAUGCCUCCUGUGUGCAAAGACCCUUGUUUAUUUUUUAUUUAUUUUUUGUCAGUUUUUUUUUGGGUCUAAUGCCGACCUUUCUUUCUGAUAGAAGCCUGAGUAACUUGGUGUCUCUUCUCAGCUUAUUAUCUCAUUAAAGCUUUUUUCCUUAAUUUUUGAUGAAAAAGAGAGAGAUAGCUGCACUUAAUUUUUGAACUCUAUUAGUAUGACAAGACAUUGAUCAUCAUGUUCAAAUCA